UGCGACCUUGAUUAGACAAACCUAAAUAUAACCUCAAAAACCAAGCUGUGAGAACCUACGCAAAUGACAAUAAUUUAAGUAUAAUUUCCUGUUGAUCAUAAGAUUUCCUCCUAAAUUCUAAUGAAACUCAGCUAAAAGCAUUCAGAAACCGAACACAUAAUGUGGCGUAUGUUCCAAAGAAAUAUUUAUCAUUUAAAAACACCAAGUGGACGUCUUAUAUCUUCAACUGCAGUUUUAAAAACAGAAAAUGUUUACGACGUUGAGGGUGGGCCUCUGGAAACCAUUGUACCCCCACGACAUGCAAAAGUGGUCGUGUGUGGUGGAGGAGUCAUGGGUGCAUCUGUAGCAUACCAUUUAGCCAAGUUAGGUUGGGGUUCCGAAACUGUAUUAAUAGAACAAAAUAGGGUUGGCGGAGGCACAACAUGGCAUUCAUCAGGUCUUGUAGGAGUGUUUAAGCCAAGCUUGUCACAAGUGAAACUAACUAAAUCUAGUGUUGAAUUAUAUAAGCACCUUGAAUCUAAAGGAUUGUCGACUGGUUGGAAGCAAUGUGGAAGUCUUAAUUUGGCAAGAACUAGAGAUCGAAUGACUGUUUUUAGGCGAAUGAAAGCACAAUCAGUGUCUUGGAAAAUUGACUGUGAAUUAUUAACACCACAAGAGUGCCGUGAAAAGUGUCCACUUUUAAAUGUAGAUGAUCUAGUUGGAGGCCUUUGGAUUCCUGGUGAUGGAGUAGGUGAUCCCUAUGAAACAUGCAUAUCAGUUGUAGGGGAAGCAUCAAAAAUGGGGGUGAAAGUUGUUGAGAAUUGUACUAUAACAAAAAUUCAUCAAACUGAUGGGAAAGUGUCUGGUGUGGAAACUGAUUUAGGUCCUAUCAGUUGUGAAUAUUUUGUUAAUUGUGCUGGGUUCUGGGCUCGAGGUGUGGGUCAACUUUCUGAACCUUAUGUCAAAGUACCUCUACAUGCUGUUGAACACUAUUAUUUACAUACUAAACCAAUUCCUGGUUUGGACUCGAUGACUCCAGUUGUUCGAGAUCAAGAUGGUUAUAUUUAUUUUAGAGAAAACAAGGGCAGGUUGUUAGCAGGCGGUUUUGAACCUGUUGCUAAACCUGCUUUUGAAGAUGGAAAAAUACCAGCAAGCAGUAAAGAGAGAUAUCUGCCAGAAGACUGGGAUCAUUUUCAUAUAUUACUUGAACAACUUCUUCACAGAGUUCCGCACUUGGGGUCGGCAAUAUUAGACCGUUUAUGUAAUGGUCCCGAAGCUUUUAGUCCAGAUUGCAAAUGGAUUGUUGGUGAAGCUCCUGAAAUAAGAAAUUAUUUAGUAGCCGCUGGAAUGAAAACGGUAGGAAUUUCUGCAGCAGGAGGUGUCGGUAAACUGACUGCAGAAAUUAUAGUCAACGGAGAAACUUCAUUUGACAUGUAUGAAUUAGAAGUCUCCCGCUUUCUCGGUUUGCAUAAUAACAGAAAAUUUUUGCGCGAUCGAGUUAAAGAGGUGCCUGGAAUGCAUUAUGGGCUUUGUUAUCCUUUCCACGAAUUUCAAACUGGUCGAAAUUUGAGAAUGUCGCCCGUUUAUCCAAAGCUACGUGAAGCGGGCGCUGUUUUUGGACAAGUCAUGGGGUAUGAAAGACCAGCUUGGUUUGAUAGAAGACAAUCUUCAGAAGGAGAAUCUCAAGAUUGGUCAACCCCGAAUCGAAUGGCGUACACAAACACAUUUGGAAAACCUCCUUGGUUCGAUAAUGUUGCCGAAGAAUACGCAGCGUGUAGAGAAAGAAUAGGAAUUAGUGACUAUUCAUCCUUCACAAAAAUUGAUUUAUGGUCUAAAGGAAACGAAGUUGUUGACGCUUUACAAUAUCUUUGCUCAAAUGAUGUAGAUGUGCCAAUUGGUAGUAUUAUUCACACGGGAAUGCAAAACAAAUACGGUGGAUAUGAAAAUGAUUGCUCCUUGGCGCGACUAUCCGAAAAUCAUUAUAUGAUGAUAGCACCCACAAUCCAACAAACGAGAUGUAAAGUAUGGUUACAAAAACAUCUUCCUCCAUCUGUAACGUUAUCUGAUGUUACUAGUAUGUUUACAGCCUUAGCUAUAAUGGGUCCUUUUACACGAACUCUGCUCUCUGAACUAACUGAUACUGAUUUAAGUCCCAAAAAUUUCCCAUUUUUUACCUUUAAAAUGUUGGAUGUUGGUUUGGCAAAUGGUAUAAGAACAAUGAAUUUGACACAUACUGGUGAAUUGGGCUACGUUUUGUAUAUACCAAAUGAGUUUGCGUUACACGUAUACUCCAGAUUAAUUCAAGCUGGAGAGAAGUAUGGCAUUAAACACGCAGGAUAUUAUGCUACGAGGGCAUUGAGAGUUGAAAAAUUCUACGCUUUUUGGGGACAAGAUUUAGACACAAGAACGACACCUCUAGAGUGUGGUCGAGUGUGGAGAGUCAAAUUUGAUAAAAAAGUUGAUUUUAUUGGUAGAGAUGCUUUAUUGAAGCAACGCGAGGAAGGCAUUAAAAGAAUGUAUAUACAAUUGAUAUUAAAUGAUCAUUGCCAUGAGACUGAUCUUUGGCCUUGGGGUGGCGAACCAGUUUAUAGAGAUGGGAGAUACGUUGGAAUGUGUACCACAACUGGUUAUGGAUUUACAUUUAAAAAACAAGUUUGUUUAGGUUUUGUUGAAAAUCCAGACGAAAAUGGAGAAUUAAUGAGAGUACCAAAUGAGUAUGUUCAGAAUGGGGAUUAUGAAGUGGAUAUAGCUGGAAUAAGGUAUAAUGCUAAAGUUAAUAUUCACUCACCAAUAUUACCUACGAAGUACCCAGAUAAAGAACGUGACGUUUAUCAAGCGACUAGAGAUAAACAUGAUGAUAUUAUUGUUGUGAAAGCCAUCAAGUGAACUUUUUCUUGCCCAUGUUUUCCUGUUUUGUCGGUCUCCGACUGUACUACUUGUAAAUAUGUGAAAAUUAGCGUUUUUUUGUAAAUAAACUAUACAUAGUUA